GCCGCCGCCUUGCCGCUGCCCACUCUGCUCGCAGCCGCUUCCCGGGACGUGGGGCCUCCGAGAGGUUGGCCUGCUUGGGCCGCUGCCCUGCCUGACCCACAGCCAUCUGUCAGUCCAUCUGUCCAACUUGACCCCAGAAGACCCAGAGAUCGAGGAAAGGAUCGGAGCAUGGUGUAGACACCCUCCAGUCAGCCCAGGAACAUCUAAAGGAAGGAAGCGGCUGGCCAGGUCCUGCGGCCCCUCUGGAUGCCCGUGCUGGCCUCUCCUCUAGCAUCGUGCCCACCAUGGCCUCAGCUGACAAGAAUGGCAGCAAUCUCCCAUCUGUGUCUGGUAGCCGCCUGCAGAGCCGGAAGCCACCCAACCUCUCCAUCACCAUCCCACCACCAGAGACCCAGGCCCCCGGCGAGCAGGAUAGCAUGCUUCCUGAGAGGCGCAAGAACCCAGCCUACCUGAAGAGUGUCAGCCUGCAGGAGCCCCGGGGACGAUGGCAGGAGAGUGCAGAGAAGCGCCCCGGCUUCCGCCGCCAGGCCUCCCUGUCCCAGAGCAUCCGCAAGGGCACGGCCCAGUGGUUUGGGGUCAGCGGCGACUGGGAGGGCAAGCGACAAAACUGGCAUCGUCGCAGCCUACACCACUGCAGCGUGCACUAUGGCCGCCUCAAGGCCUCGUGCCAGAGAGAACUGGAGCUGCCCAGCCAGGAGGUGCCAUCCUUCCAGGGCACUGAGUCUCCAAAACCGUGCAAGAUGCCCAAGGUGGGCCCCCUGGAGGGGACAGGCAGCAAGGGGCUCUCCCAGGGCCUGGGCAGCGUUGCUCAUCUAUGUCUCUUGCAGAUCGUGGAUCCACUGGCUCGGGGUCGGGCCUUCCGCCACCCAGAUGAGGUGGACCGGCCUCACGCUGCCCACCCACCUCUGACUCCAGGGGUCCUGUCCCUCACAUCCUUCACCAGUGUCCGCUCUGGCUACUCCCAUCUGCCCCGCCGCAAGAGGAUAUCUGUUGCCCAUAUGAGCUUUCAGGCAGCCGCCGCCCUUCUCAAGGGGCGCUCCGUGCUGGAUGCGACUGGGCAGCGGUGCCGGCAUGUGAAGCGCAGCUUCGCCUACCCCAGCUUCCUGGAGGAGGAUGCUGUCGAUGGAGCCGACACCUUCGACUCCUCCUUUUUUAGUAAGGAAGAAAUGAGCUCUAUGCCUGAUGAUGUGUUUGAGUCCCCCCCACUCUCUGCCAGCUACUUCCGAGGUGUCCCGCACUCUGCCUCCCCGGUCUCCCCCGAUGGAGUGCACAUCCCGCUGAAAGAAUACGGAGGCGGCCGAGCCCUGGGUCCCGGGACCCAGCGUGGCAAGCGCAUUGCCUCCAAAGUAAAGCACUUUGCAUUUGACCGGAAGAAGAGGCACUACGGCCUGGGCGUCGUGGGUAACUGGCUGAACCGCAGCUACCGCCGCAGCAUCAGCAGCACCGUGCAGCGGCAGCUGGAGAGCUUCGAUAGCCACCGGCCCUACUUCACCUACUGGCUGACAUUCGUUCACAUCAUCAUAACCUUGCUGGUGAUCUGCACCUAUGGCAUCGCACCUGUGGGCUUUGCCCAGCAUGUCACCACACAGCUGGUGCUGAAGAACAGAGGCGUGUAUGAGAGUGUAAAAUACAUCCAGCAGGAGAACUUCUGGAUUGGCCCCAGCUCGAUUGACCUCAUCCACCUGGGAGCAAAGUUCUCACCCUGCAUCCGGAAGGACCAGCAAAUUGAGCAGCUGGUACGGAGGGAGCGUGACAUCGAGCGUACCUCCGGCUGCUGCGUCCAGAAUGACCGCUCGGGCUGCAUCCAGACCCUGAAGAAGGACUGCUCGGAGACUUUAGCCACAUUCGUGAAGUGGCAGAAUGAUACCAGGCCCUCAGACAAGUCUGACCUGAGCCAGAAGCAGCCAUCAGCGGUUGUGUGCCACCAAGACCCCAGGACCUGUGAAGAGCCAGCCUCCAGUGGGGCCCACAUCUGGCCUGAUGACAUUACCAAGUGGCCAAUCUGCACAGAGCAGGCCCAGAGCAACCACACGGGCUUGUUGCACAUAGACUGUAAGAUCAAAGGCCGCCCCUGCUGCAUCGGCACCAAGGGCAGCUGCGAGAUCACCACGCGGGAGUACUGCGAGUUCAUGCACGGCUAUUUCCAUGAAGAGGCGACACUCUGUUCCCAGGUGCACUGUUUGGACAAGGUGUGCGGGCUCCUGCCUUUCCUCAACCCUGAGGUCCCUGACCAGUUCUACCGGAUCUGGCUGUCUCUAUUCCUGCAUGCUGGCAUAGUGCACUGCCUUGUGUCUGUGGUCUUCCAAAUGACCAUCCUGAGGGACCUGGAGAAGCUGGCCGGCUGGCACCGCAUCUCCAUCAUCUUCAUCCUUAGUGGCAUUACAGGCAACCUGGCCAGCGCUAUCUUCCUCCCCUACCGGGCAGAGGUGGGCCCAGCCGGGUCGCAGUUCGGCCUCCUCGCCUGCCUCUUUGUGGAGCUGUUCCAGAGCUGGCAGCUGCUGGAGCGGCCGUGGAAGGCCUUCUUCAACCUGUCGGUCAUUGUGCUCUUCCUCUUCAUCUGUGGCCUCCUGCCCUGGAUAGACAACAUCGCCCACAUCUUCGGGUUCCUCAGUGGUAUGCUUCUGGCCUUCGCCUUCCUGCCUUACAUCACCUUCGGCACCAGCGAUAAGUACCGCAAGCGAGCCCUCAUCCUCGUGUCGCUGCUGGUCUUCGUUGGGCUCUUUGCUUCCCUGGUGCUGUGGCUGUACAUCUACCCCAUCAACUGGCCCUGGAUCGAGUACCUCACCUGCUUUCCCUUCACCAGCCGCUUCUGUGAGAAGUAUGAGCUAGACCAGGUGCUACACUAACUGCAGAGAUCGUGUGGCUGCCCCGGGCCGUGUGGCUGCGGACCGGUGGGGCCCUGAGCCCAGCAGCUCAGGCCACACUCAAGGCUGACUCCCCAGGGAGAUGACACCUCCCUUUCUCAGGUCUGAAUGUUCCUGACCCAAGGCUGGGGGACAUCCAGGACACCUGCUUCUCUGAGGCUCAGGUCCCAGGCCCUGCCUGUCCCUCUGGAUCUAGAGAGAUGAUAACUUUUCUUGGGCCUCUGGCCUCUGCAGGUGCUGUCUCCCCACUGUCACUGUGACUGUGACCUCGCCAGACACACAGCUGCUCUCUCAGUUGUCCCCAGGGUUGAGGUCCUUACCAUGCUGCUAUGACCCCCUUUUCCUGUUUCCCAUCUCCUCCCUGUCCUUUAAGCCCUUCCUGUGUUUGUCCGUGGACUCGCAAGCCUGCUCCUGAGGUUCCUGGACAUAGAGUAUUGUGGGGAAGGCUCGGGCUCUUGUCUGUGGGGGAUGACAAACAAGGAGAGAUGGCUAUACAGGGGUGCUAGGGGCUUUUGUUAAGCAAAGAAGCCAGCUCUCCUAAGCCCGUCAGCUGCCCUAGCUCCAGCAUGUGUCUGGCUGCACAGGUUGGCUCUGAUCCCAGGAUGCCCCUGCCACCUCUCCUCACUCCUGCGUGUCUGCGGGCUGAGCCUCCUUGAGGACUAGCUCCCAGGGGAGGCUUGAGGCCCAGCCUGGUGGUUUUUGUUUUUUUGUUUUGUUUUGUUUUGUUUUUCCAAUUUAUAUUAUGGUCCUAAUUUUGUAAAGUAACGCUAACU